AGGCUACCUGGCAGAAAAGAGGGGAGGGGCUUGUAUUCUGUUUUCAGUGUGUCUUUCAGCUCAAACGUAUACAUGAUGUCUUCUACAGAAGUUGGAGCACCUACACAGGAGAUAAGCAACAUGGAAAGCCCUGAGGCUACAACUGAAGAGAAUACUGAGCAAUCUACAGCUGAAGCUAAUCAGCAGGUUGAGCCAGAAGCAGACACAACUCAGCUAACUGAUGGUCUAUCACAGGAAAAAAACCCCACAGAACCAGUAGAUGAUCAGCAACCAUCACCAGAAAAUGUGGAGUCUGAGCAACAAGAAGGAUCUCCUGAUCAGGACAUUGAGCAACAAAAUGAUGAUACACUUCAACAAGGAACUACAACGUUAACUGAAGGAGAAGCUCCCACUGAAACUACUGCUACUGACACACAGCAUGAGCAAGGUGAAUCACAAGAAGUCAAGGAACCAAUAGAAGCUGCCAACGAAACUACAGAGGGAGAGGCCACUAUACAGCCAGAGAUAGACAAUAGAGAAGCUUUAGAUGAGAAAGAGAUUGAGACGACAGAGCCAGAAACUAGUUCGGGUGAAGAACCAGUUAAGGAUAAGAAGGAAGAACCAGUCGCCACUGAGAUAAAGCAGACAAAUGCUUCUCGGCCUGGUACUGAUAAAAGUGCAACAGAUGCAGAGAAGGACAAAAAAGACAAAAAGAAAGAGAAGAAACGUGAAAAGAAAAAAUCCCGACAGGCCAGUAGAGAUAAUGAGAGGAAAAAGCUAACGUCUGCACCAGCAAUUGCAACAAAUCUUGAAUCCAUCUUACUCUCACACUUCCUAACAUCAGAUCUUGAGAUCAGUGGUCAUGUGGACUCGGCAGUAUUUUGGGAGAUCCUUCAAUCCCCUGAGCUGAACCUCCAACUGGGUACUGAAGAACUAUCCGCCCUGAAUGGACUUGUUCAACAAGAUCAAUCGGGACUGAUUGACUAUGCUCAGUUCUCUUCUCAAGCAACUGAGCUCAUCGCUUCCCUCUAUCAACAGCAGCCAGCAUCAGAGGAGCAUUGGGUACAACUAACGGCUAAAGAUGGGAGUGCAACUGUUUCCUACAACAAGCAAACUGGAGAAACGAGAGAGAGUGCAGCAGAAGAAUUAGACAUUUUUGCUAGCACCAUUGAAAACCUGUUUCGGAGCGCAGAUGUGGAAAACAGAGGAUACAUCACACGGGACGAGUUUGCAAAGCUACUCCAGUCCGAACAAAUGGCGGUGUACCUUUCUCACGAAGACAUGUUGCAAAUGCAGCAGUAUUUCGACAACAUACCUGACGGGAUGGCUACCUACACAGACUUCUAUCCAUUGGGCAAAGAGAUUAUUCUGAGGCUGUACAGAGCUAGAGAUACGUCAGAUUCUGAAUGGUGCCAACUGGACAGUACUCAAGGUGUUGUCUGGUUCAACAAGUUCACAGGAGAAACACGAAAAGAACCUGCUGAUGACAGACAGCAAGAGAUUGCUUUUCUGAAUCAAGCCUAUGCCCAAGUCGAGGCUGUGAACUUUGAGUUGGAGCAGUACAAGCAGCAGAACAAGGAGCUACAGAAUGAGCUGGCACAGGCUGCAGAGGAACAGGAAACACUAGCCACACAGCUUUACGAGACGGGUCAUCAUUUGGACGAAGCUGGUGCUGAGAUUGAAGCAAAGGACAGAGAGUUAGAAGAGGCUAGAGCUAUUAUUCAGAGCAAAGAACAAGAUAUUGAGCAAAUUAUGAGAAACAUGGGUGAGUUUGAAGCACUCCAACAAAAACUGGAAGAAAUGGAACACGAUAUGAAAAUGGCUAGACAAACAGUAGCUGUUCGUGAUCAAACAGUUGCUGAUCGGGAUACUAACAUCUCAGAGCUGCAGAGAAUAUCUGAAGCUAUCACGGACAAGUUGAAGUCGGCACAUGGUCAUAUGGACGCUAGGGACUCCACAAUUGCUAGCCUACAGCACAAGCUAAACUUUCAAAAAAUGGAAGCUACAAAGUACAGCAAACAAGUCGUGGAACUUGAGGAGACGCUUUCAGUCACAGAGCAAGAACUGACAUCUACUAAAAAAAAUUUGGAAGAGAAAUCAGCUGCUCUCACUCAAGCUCGGAAACACCUCAAGAACUCCAGAGAAAGGACUAUGGACCUAGAGAAAGACUCGGAUAAGCUGACACAAACACAAGAAAAGUUCCGCAGUGCAGAAUGUGAGAUUCGUACUCUCAAAUCAUUCCUCACUACAAAGACAGCCAUGAUUGAAAAGACUAAGAAGGAGCUUCGAGAGACUAGAGCCAAAGUGGCUGAUUUGCAGGAGAAAGAUCGUAGGAGAGCAAUCAUACUGGCUGAUGUUCUUGAGAAGACAGCUCGACAGUUCCAGACUGGUACAUCACCUACACGACUAGUACAGCUGGACCUAACACACACGCCCAUGGAUACAAGGCCAGCUAGUGCUCCAGCGCUACCACAAGAUCAAGAUGGGGACGAAACUGAUGGACCAGUACAAUCUUCAAACCCCCGAGUGCUGAAAUCAUACACUCUCGGCAAAUCCACAGCUUCACCAUUUUACGGUGCUACUCGAUCAUCUCCUCCACAAAAACGAGCCAGCAAAGCCAAGCCAAGAGGAAGGUCAAGAACCGUUCCCAAGCUUCCUCCAAUUCCAAAAACUGGACUAGUUCAGAGGCCAAGUUCAUUCGUUUUCCCGACACAAAAUGACCUUCGAAAACAACAUUUCGAGCGAGAUAAACAAGUGUACGAUCACGUUCCUUCGAAUCCACAAUGCACAUGUGAGCUGUGUCAAAUGAAUGCGUCUGUUGUCGGACCAAACACCCAGGGUCGAGAAACUGGUCAAUCCGGUUUGUCAGGAUUCCAAAGUGACAUAGACCCCCGAGAAAUGAUAAUGGCUCGGCAGUUGAAAACUGGACAGAGAGUGGUUAUUAGAAUGAAGAAAUCAGAAUAUGACUUUGAGCCACAGCAACUGACUGGAAUUGUGAAAUAUGUGGGAAAGAUAGACAGUGAAUAUAUUGACAAUAGGAUCUACGUGGGAGUCAAGUUGGAUGAAGCAGCUGGUGACACUGACGGAUUGAUUAAAGGAAAGAGGUACUUCACAUGCCCACAAAAGCACGGAAAGAUUGUACGCAUCUCAAACGUAGUUGCUGUUCUACCCAACAAGAGCGUAUCCUACAAGCCACUCAAAGGCCUCACCAAGAGAAGCCCUUACGGAGGAGCAGCCCCCAAGAAAAGCACUAGUAGUGUAAAAGUUGUAUAGACACCUUUUAUUAAGCACUCUUCAUGUCUUCUUUUUGUGUAUGUGUACGUCUAAUUAGAAAUUUCACCUGUAGCAAUUUUUGUCUACCACAGUACACAACAUUUUCAUCUGAAGAUUC